GCUGGUCAGGAGAGAUUCAGAACAAUUACAUCUUCAUACUACAGGGGAGCUCAUGGUGUCAUGAUAGUCUAUGAUAUAGCAAAAAAAGAAACUUUUAACAACCUCAACAAAUGGCUUAAUGAGGUAGAAACUUAUGCUAAUGAGGGGGUAUUGAUGAUACUGGUGGGAAACAAGGCGGAUCUUGAUUCAGAACGUCAAGUCUCCACUGAAAGUGGAGCUGAAUGGGCGGCACUCAAUGACAUGCCAUUUAUAGAGACUAGUGCAAAGAAUGCUACAAAUGUGACAGAAGCAUUUACAAUGCUAGCAGAGCUGGUAAAUAAACAUGUUAAAGAUAACCAUGCUGAGCAAAGGGCGUUUGUGCUUGGAGACAGCAUGGAUUAUGGGUUAAGGAAGACCGAGGGAAGUGAAAAAGAAAAAUGCGGUUGUAGUAACUAA